GCCGCGAGCAGCCGCGGCCGCCUGGGUUUCCUCCCUCAGCCGCGGUCGCGGGCGCUCCCGACUCGGCACGUCAGGAAGGAGCGGCCAGUGGGCCCGCAUCGUGUCGGUGGGGUUCGAGGCCGGGCUGCCGCGGCCGCCUCCUUCUGGUGCCUGGGCCGCCCUGAGGAGCGGGGCCGGGGCGCAGCGGGCUGACCGGCCCCGGGGAGCCGAGACGGCUGGGGACGAAGGCGGAGGCGCACGUCUGGCGGUCUCCUGGACCGGGAGGAGGCCGAGGGGACCAUGUCCGGGAGGAACCUCCACCUCUCCACCACCGAACGCGUCAUCAAAGCUGUCCCCUUUCCUCCAACCCAACGGCUUACUUUGAAGGAAGUAUUUGAGAAUGGGAAACCUAAAAUUGAUGUUUUGAAAAACCAUUUGGUGAAGGAAGGGCGACUGGAAGAGGAAGUAGCCUUAAAGAUAAUCAAUGAUGGGGCUGCCAUCCUGAGACAAGAAAAGACUAUGAUAGAAGUAGAAGCUCCAAUCACGGUAUGUGGUGAUAUUCACGGACAAUUCUUUGACCUGAUGAAGUUGUUUGAAGUCGGAGGAUCACCUAGUAACACACGCUACCUCUUUCUGGGCGACUAUGUGGACAGAGGCUAUUUCAGUAUAGAGUGUGUACUGUUUUUAUGGAGUUUAAAGAUUAAUCAUCCUAAAACAUUGUUUCUGCUUCGGGGAAAUCAUGAAUGCAGGCAUCUUACAGAAUAUUUCACCUUCAAACAGGAAUGUCGAAUCAAAUAUUCUGAACAGGUGUACGAUGCAUGUAUGGAUACAUUUGACUGUCUUCCUCUUGCCGCCCUCUUAAACCAGCAGUUUCUGUGUGUACACGGAGGGAUGUCACCUGAAAUUACCUGUUUAGAUGACAUUCGGAAAUUAGACAGGUUUAAAGAACCUCCAGCCUUUGGACCAGUGUGUGACCUGCUUUGGUCUGAUCCCUCCGAGGAUUACGGCAGUGAAAAGACCUUGGAACACUAUACCCACAACACGGUCCGGGGGUGCUCGUAUUUUUACAGUUACCCUGCAGUUUGUGAAUUUUUGCAGAACAAUAAUUUGUUGUCUAUAAUCAGAGCCCAUGAAGCGCAAGACGCUGGGUAUCGAAUGUACAGGAAGAGCCAAACGACGGGUUUUCCAUCACUCAUAACAAUUUUCUCUGCCCCCAACUACCUAGAUGUCUAUAACAAUAAAGCUGCUGUGUUAAAAUAUGAGAACAAUGUCAUGAAUAUCAGGCAGUUUAACUGUUCUCCGCAUCCCUACUGGCUUCCGAACUUUAUGGACGUUUUCACGUGGUCUUUGCCUUUUGUUGGGGAAAAAGUCACAGAGAUGCUGGUUAACAUUCUCAACAUAUGCUCAGAUGAUGAAUUGAUUUCUGAUGAUGAAAUUGAAGAUCACUACAUUUCAAGCUAUCAGAAAGGAGGCACUACGGUUCGGAAGGAGGUCAUCAAGAAUAAAAUCAGAGCCAUUGGGAAGAUGGCACGGGUCUUUUCAAUUCUUCGGGAAGAGAGUGAGAGUGUGCUGACUCUCAAGGGCCUGACUCCUACGGGUACACUCCCUUUGGGUGUCCUCUCAGGAGGAAAGCAGACUAUUGAGACAGCCACAAUAGAAGCCGUAGAGGCCCGGGAAGCCAUCAGAGGGUUUUCGCUUCAGCACAGGAUCCGGAGUUUUGAAGAAGCCCGAGGUCUGGACCGAAUUAACGAGCGGAUGCCACCCCGCAAAGAUAGCCAGCACUUUGAUGGGCCAGUGAAACUGGUAACCCCUGUCCCAUCAAACGCUGCGCACCGGAGUGACAAGGGAAGAAGAGCCAGUAAUGCCUCAGAGCCCUGCUGUGGCACAGGCGGAUCCAAAACUUAAGAACAGAUUUUAUUUAUUUAUUAUUGGAAAACAAAACAAGAACAACUUAAACAACUUAAACCUGGAGGUGCAUUCAUAAUACACUCUGCAUUUAUUCUGUAAGAAAGGUGACCAUUUUAUAAAUUCUUUUAAUUUAUGUUUAAUAUAUAUAAAAAGUGCAUCUCUUUUAUUUUUCCCUUUUUUUUCCCCCUAAUUUUUAGGAAUUGAUCUGAUUGUCUGAUAUAUAUGUGAAGUCUUGUGCUAUAAAGGGGACCUUCCCCUAAUAAAAGGGCCUUGGAAACCUCCACCCUGGGUUUCUGACUUGAACUAGCCAACCUUUUCUCCUGUGUUUGGAGGGUAUUAUCUUUCAUUUCAGACUAAUCACUUUUCAAACACAAAAGGCUUUUUCCUUUUCUUUUUUCCCUUUCUGCAGGGUACCGCUGAUGAACGCUUAGAUGUCAGUGGCUAAAACAUCUCUUCUUACGGAAAACUUGAUUAUAGUAGAACUUCUAAGUGAAUAACCCAAACCCAGUGAUUUUAAGGGCCAAGGGAAAUGUUUUCCAUAAUAACCUACUUUCUUCUAGACUCUCAAUUACUCUUAAUAUAUUCUAGCAAGGCAAAAUAAAAAGUAAGGAGGGAUUUUCAAAGAAUUAACUUGAAAUUUGUUCUGGUCUAACCAUGGGCAUGAUGGAUUUAAACUUCCCUUAGGGCUUCAGAGAUUUCUUAAAUGUUGCCAGAUCCUUUUGCUUUUUAUUUUCGAACCCUAGGUGAUUUAGCCCAUCUGCAAAGGAAGUUACCUUUCUAAAUAUUUCCUAGAGGCCCUCUGUAGAACCUUCAACGGUAAGGACCUAUGCCUUUUGGUGUUACUGUGUCAGCUCUCGCAUCUGUUGUCCCCGUGACCCUGGUGCCCUGUGUUUUUCUUUGUCAGCAUUUUUGAAAGCAACUGGGGUAAUGGAAACUGACUAGGUUAGAAUGGCCCCCUUAUGAACUGGAAGUCUUGCUAAGGGGCAUUGGAUGAGUGAGGAUUUCCUACCUACCAAUUACUGGGGUAUUAUCCAUUUCUCAGCACUCGUUAGGUUGAACUGUCUGUCAGUCUCUGUCAGCAUAUUUCAGAAUGCAAAACCGAGUGUUCAGAUAUAAUAUUUGAAUAAUCUUCCCUUAGUUUUUCAAGUCACAGCUAACCCAUGAAGGACAUUUCAGGGAUCUUUAGGCUCCCAGUUUUGGUUUAGCCUGGUGACAGGUGCCAUGUCGUAAUACUCACUGGUCAGCUUUGCAGUGAAUGUGCGUGUCUGGGCAACACUACACCAAAGUGCAUAUUUAUGGAAUUCCUUCAUGUCAUUUGGGAUGUGGGAGUCCGGCAUUGAAGCAAGUAUCUCAAACAGUAUGUCAGAGCUUCAGGGACACCAGAGACGUUUUUCCAAAAAAGCCCUGUAAUUUUAUUAGAAGAGUGAGGAUUUAGCCCAUCUGUCUCUGUUUUCCUAUGCCUCGUUAACAGCUCCUCAUUUGUUUAUGACAGAGAUCAAAGCAUUUUGGGGACUGGAAUCUGGUGGCAUAGAUUGCUCUGUUAAUUAAAAACAAAAAGAUGGGAAGGAUAUUGGGAAGGAGAUGAAAGAUCCCUUAUUGGACUGUGAGUGAAAGCUGUGAAAGUGGAGAGAAAAAGGCCGUGCGUACUUGUCCUUGCUGGUCAUCGUUUCUUUAUAAUCAAAGGGGAAUUCGUCGCCUGGAUAUCCUCAUGCUCCUUCCUCCCCCAACCCCAAUAUGGAACCGGCCGCUCUUUUGGGAACCACACCUGAUGUGAAAGUCAGUUCACGUGACAGGUUGGAAACAGGGGAGUCCCUGGUCCCUUUCUCUUUUCCAUUGAGGACAGUCUGUGGAUAGAAACAUCGGGUGUCCGUCUCAAGGGCUACAAUCAACAGACAAGUAGUGACAUAGUUAUUACAAAUCCUCACAAGCAAAAAAAAAAAACUGCAUUAAGACUUAGGAAGAUCUUAAUUUUCUUCUCAAAAUGAAAGUAUUA